UUGUAAUAAACCUUCCGGCAGUCGGCCAGUAUCGCCACCAUGUACCCGUCACUAGCCUUUGUGUGCGUGUUGUUUGUGUGUUCAGGUGUGUGUGAUUGCCGUAAACUCGAGAGAGACAAUGAGAUCUCGCCCAACACGGACGAUGGUUGUGUGGUGGACAACGUUGUUCACAUGGUAGGGCAGCAGUGGACCACGCUUGGAGAGUGUAUGUUGUUCACUUGCCACCACGGAGGCGCUUAUGGGGCAGUCACGUGCCCACAGAUUCAUUUCCGGGAAGACUCUGGAUGCUAUGAAACUGACAUGGACAACACUAAGCAUUACCCAGACUGCUGUCCCCAAGUUGUAUGUCCAGAACAAAAUCAAGCUCUUGAAUGACACUAGCUACAAUUAAUUGUUUUUAGCUUUGACAAUACAAUAAAAAUUAUAUUAGAAUGUUUUAUUACUAUACCAUGCAAAUAAAUCACAACAUUUAAUACUCU